CCGCACAUUAUAUUCAAGCACUCGAAGCACAGAUACAGAAAUUAAAGCAAUCUAAUAGUGGUUCAACAACUCCAAAUACUUCUUCAGUUACGACGCCUCCUUUAGUAUCACCUGUAAUGUCGGUGAAGUCCAUUCCUUCAGGUCAUAUACAUAUGCAUGGAGGUGUAAAUGGUAAUUCUAUGUAUGCAAUAAAUGAUUUUAAUCAUCAAAGAAUUAGUGAUGAAAAAAAAUUACAACAGCAAUUAGAACAACAAAAAUUUAUGGGUCAAUGGCAAACUAAUCGAUUAAAUCAAAAUUAUUUUAAGAUACAUCAUCAACAAUCUUAUCAUCGAAGUUAUCAUCCUUAUCAUUCUGAUAUGAAUACUUCAAGAGCAAGUCCACCACAUUCUAUGGGAAGGGUAAUGCUAAAACAUGAAAUACAUGAUCAAACUUAUAAAUAA